AUGUUAGAGUUGAAUAAUAGUGAUGCUCUGUUAGCUCAUAACAAGUUGCUAACAUCACAGAGAGAUCAUAAUGAACAACAACCAAGGACAAAGGCAGAAUCAAUAUCAAAUCAUCCUUCGUAUCAACAAGGUUAUCCACCAAGGAAUAACAAUCAGGGUUAUCAACAAAGGCCUAAUAAUCAAGGGUAUCAACAACAAGCCUUUCAACCUUACGCUCAACCGUCGUCACAACAUCAAGGAGGACCGUCAAAGUUGGAAGAAACUAUGACACAAUUCAUGCAGAUGUCAGUGACAAACCAGAAGAAUCAGGAUGCAGCAAUCAAAAAUUUGGGAACUCAAGUGGGCCAACUUGCUAAGCAGAUUGUAGCUAAUCAAUCUAAUGCAACAUUCUUCGCCAACACUCAAGAGAAUCCAAAAGAACAUUGCAAAGCAGUGGUGACAAGAACUGGUCAGAAAAGGAGUACUGAUGAAGUUGAAAACAAUGAUGCUGAGAAGGAAGAUGACAAUCAUGCUGUCGAAGAUGAGGAAAAUGAAAUUAUUAUAGGUGAGACGGACCACAGAAAAAUGAAUAAAGAAGUUGAAAGAAGAGAUAAAUCAAAAAGAAAGAAUGCAAGUGAAAAGAUGGCAAACAACAUGAUACCGAGUCAACAUCUGCCAUAUCCUCAUGCGCCAUCAAAGAAGGAUAAUGCUGGACAAUAUGCAAGGUUUAUGGAAAUUUUUAAGCAAUUACAAAUUAACAUUCCAUUCUCCAAAGCUAUUGCUCAAAUGCCAAAGUACGCGAAAUUCAUGAAGGAUAUCUUGACAAAGAAAAAGAGACCGGAAGAAAAAGAAGUUGUUGUUCUUGAUGCACAAUGUAGUGCUAUAGUAUCUCGUCUCCCUCAAAAGGCGAGAGAUCCCGAAAGAGUCACACUACCGGUCACCAUUGGUAGUCAGAAUAUUGGAAAUGGAUUGAUCGAUCUAGGUUCAAGUAUUAAUCUCAUUCCUCUAUCAAUAGUGAUGCGGUUAGGAAAUAUUGAGAUGAAGUUAACAAGAACUACUUUACCAUUAGCAGAUAAAUCAACCACUCUUCCCUACGGUGUUGCACAAGACAUAGUACAAGAUGAAGAGGUAUGCUUUAAUCUCUUUGAUGCCAUGAAACAACCUAAGGACAAGAAUGAUUGUUUCCGCAUAAAUUUCACCGAAGAGGUUGCAAUAGAAGUCGCCAACCAAAUUCAUCUUUCUAGCCCUUUAGAAAGAUCUCUUGUUGAUUCUUUUAAUGUGCUUACUCAAGAAGAAGAAAAAUAA